UGCGGGUACUUAAAUUCUGCUUUUGUGGUAACAGAAUGCAGAUGAUGACCUUGGUUAACCUGUUUUUGCCCUCUAGUCAUAAGAGAACAAAUGACAGAUUACAAUGUAACUGGCACAUUGUAGGUUUUCACACCUCUUUAGGUGCUUGUGCAUGUCCUCUCCAAUGUAGGGUGGUGUUGGGCACAUAAACAGUUGCUAGAAUUUUUUCCCAAGUGGAAUCUGUUAGAUUAGCACUAGCAUUCUCUGAUGCCACACUGUUAUAGUGCUUGUGCAAAGGAACCUGCUGACACUACUCAUUGAUAAAUUAAUUAUAAAUGCCAUUUGGCUUACUGUUUCAAAAUAAAAUUCAGAUAAUGGGAGGAUUUUCUUUCUCUUAAUGCUAUAUUAAAUAUAUGAAUUUCAGGCAUUGGUCACAAGUGAAGUGAACCACCAAACUUCUGCAGUAUAGUGUACAAUAUGGUGUAUAAUUCAUAGUGUUGCAUUAACUAUUGAUUUUUGUUAACCAACUUAAGUGACGUUUUAUUUAAAGAUAUUUGGUGGCGCUUCUUAUUACAUUAAACGCAAAACAGAAUUGUCCUUAAAAUUAGUACUCAAGUAUGCGGGUGCAGUUAAUUUAAAAUAUUCAGAAAUUAAAGGCUAUGUUCAAGAAGAUCCUCAAAUAAAUUAAUAUCUUUCUACUUUUAAUUUUUGCCAGGUACUACAAGUGGUUGAUGCUUAAGAAUUGAAAUAUAAAUUGGAUUCACAUUGCCUGUCACUAAAUAGCACAGUUACUUCAAGUCAGAAUUUGGAGUUUAAACUCGACGGAACAAAAAGCAACAUCAAGACAGGAUGGACUGGAAUGCAAGACCACCCCAAAACGCUGAUAAUCAGAAUAACUUGCAGUGUCAAAAUAGUUUGGGAAAUCAUGGAAUUCAUUUUUCUCAGACUUAUUCUAAUCCAUGUGCUUUCCCUCAGACAAGCACAUACUCUGCUCAGAAUUCUUGUACUUACCCUGUAAGUAACCAGACGGUAUUUCUGCAGUCUAACAACAUGAACAUGGUUACAAAUCGAUCGCCUUUUCAGAAUACUGAAGGAUACAAAACAUUGCAGCAAGCAUUUCCAAAAGAAUCUGUACCCACUAGAGUUUUUGCUACCUCGCAACGUUCAUUUGAGAGGCAUCCACCUUCACGUGCACAAAUGAGAAGGACUGCUCCUAAACAGGCUACACGUGUGCCCAUAGAGACUACUUUGAAUCUUUGGCCAAACUCUGUCUCCAACAUGCAAGUUUAUUCCCAAUCAAGACUAGCUAGUGUAUCAUCACAAGCAAGCCCUGGAAACAAUGUACAGGGUAUACCUCAGAAGCCACAGAAUCAGUAUGUGACCAUAAAUGCUUAUCCUAUGCAACCUCAAAUAGCACAACCUAAUUUUACAAGAACAGUGAUGUUUUAUCAGGGUAACCAAGCAUGCAAUUCAUCUUCAAAGGAGCUGCCAGUAGGAUGGGUACCCCAGUAUAACUUGAACGGGCCUGCCUCUUCUCAGCAGUGUGCCAGUGUACCUGUUAAUCAGUCAUCGAAUGAGUGUGUAAAUUCUCAACAAAACUCUUUGACUUUUGCUUUGCCUACGCAACAUCUCCAGCAGCAAGUACACUGUCCAAGCACUCAACUUCAGGGUACACAUUCAUCAAGUACAAACACUGCAAUGGCCGUACAAUCACAGCAAUAUGCAUCUGCCCAAAUUGGCUCUGAAGAUCAUAAUGGAAAUCCUCCACCCUAUAUGAUGCCUGCUAGUUAUGAUCCUAGAGCUACGGCACAAUCUUUGACAGGACUUCAACAGGUAGUCCAAAAUAUAUCUAAUGAACAUAUACAAAACCAGCAGAAACAUGCAUCGGAUCAGAGUAAUGCUACUUACAUAAAGGAUGUACAGCAGCAUUGGCAGACACUAGAAUCUGGAGAAACUAGUCAGGCAACUGGAAAUAUAUAUAAUUCACAUGGAAAUGUGACAGCAAAGCAAUCUUUCAGUGAAACAGCUAAACCUUCAACAUAUGAUUUAGAAAGACAUUUUAACGGCAUGCAAGAAGUUGUGACCGUUCCUUCUCAGCCACAGAAUAAAAUAGCAUCAGUACAAGAGAGCCCAAUUAGUGGUUCAACAGAUUUGCCUGAUAAUUCUAAAACUAUUUCAUCAACAGAUAGUAGAUUGAAAGUAACAAAAGAGAGUCUGGCUAUGGAAGCUCAAAAACUUCUGGAAAUUAAAAAAAAAUAUGCAAUACUUGAAAGGGUUUUUUUAAUAAAACAAAAACUCUUGGCAUCUUCAGAACAUAAUAAAAUGACCUCUGAUCUUCCUCCACGUAAUCAAAAAGCUAACGUUAAACUUUUUCCACAUGUGGCCAAUCAGACUGGGUACAGCAGAAAUGAAGAGUCAGCAACUGCCACUUCUUCAAUCUUCACUUGAAGAAAGAAACGACAAAAACAUUACCAACACAGGCAGUGAAGUAUUAGAUAAGACAUGGAACAGUUGUAGGAUUAAUCAAGGACAUUCUGCUUCAAGAUCUGUUUUGAUUUCCUAUCAGGAUAAAUUCCCAGUUCACUCAAAUAAUCUUGAGAGAACUUCAGUAUUAGGUCCAAAGAAUGCACCAGCUGCUGACCCUGUGCAAGAGACCAUGAAAUGCACUGAAAACACUUCGGAUUUUAGCAACUGUAGGAGCUCUGAUAGGGUUUCACCAAAAAAUAUAUCAGUUAGCACGGGGGAAGCCUCACUUCUCCAAUCUGUUUUAAGUAGCAUGAGUAUUUUGCAAGAAAAAAAGUCUGGUAAUCUUGCUAAUGAAGUGCCUACCCUAUUUCAGAAUGAAAAAGUGACUUCAAAUUUAAUACUGUUAGGUGGAAGUUCAUUGCCCAACAACAGUGAAGCAAAAGGUUCUAUUGAGGCAGUCCAGUGUUCAAUAUCAACAUGUCCUGAAUUGGAUCAGCGCAGUAAAGGCAUUUGUUCUCAGCCAACUGAGAACAGCAAAACUCUGAAUAAUAAGAUAGUCAGUACUACUUACAUAAGUUCUCUUGCUUCAGAAACAACUGAACUGAAUGUAACAAAUGGUGUAGCUGAGAAAACACCACCAGCAGUUGUUAUUGGAAACUCAUUUUCAAAAAUGAACUGUAAUACUUCUAUGGAAGAGCUAGCAGCAUGUCUGGCUUUGUGGAAAAAGUGUCCUUCAGACUCUGUGGACAUUCAAUACAAUCAGUCAUACAAAAAAAUAGACUCAAAUAUGAUUUCAUCAUCUUCCGAAGGAUUUCAUGAUCGGAGCACAUGUCAUAUCUUGGAAAACAUACAAAAUGCAAUGGCUACAGAUGAUGAAAAUAAAGUUACAAUAAGCACAAAUGAAACAACUCUGUCUUCUACUACCCCUGUUGGGCAAAAACCUGAUACGUUGGGUUCCAACUUGGUAAAGGGUUUUGAACCCCAAGUUGCUGUAGUUUCUCCUUUAAUACUUUCCAAGGAGAGAACUCCAAGCGAACAUCAAGAAAAAAAUCCAAAACUUUCUGCUGAAAUAAUUUACCCAGUGGUUGAAGGAGAUAAACAAAAAGGAGUUCCAUUAAUUGGAAAUACCAACAAAGGGAUAAUGGAAGCUACUUACUUAGUAUCAGAUAAAUGUAUUCCAAUACAGAAAGUGGACUCAGAUAAGCUGUACACCAAAUCAGCUGAUGGAAACAAAAUAGUAAAAGAUGCUGUGUAUUCAAACUGCUCAUAUGAUGGAAACAAAAGGAAUGAUGAUCAUUUUGCACAAGAAAUGAGAGAAACUAAUAUGCAGAUGAGUUUACAAAACAAAACUUCUUUGUCCCAAACAAGCACAGAUGGUUCAAGUCCAGUGUCUCAAGAAUAUCAGACAAAGAAUAAAGUUUAUGAGGACUUAAGAGAACCUAGGGCCAUUACCACAAUUGUAUCAGAGGACGAUAUGUUACAGAUUUCCAGUGUAUGUUCACUUGUUGAAGGUGAUGCAUCUUAUGAUUCACAAAUAGCCAAUAUGUUCUGUUCUGUGCCUUCCAAGCAUUUAGAGAAAAAUGCCUUGUCAGAAGAAAAUAUCUCUAAUAUAAAGCCUAAGGAACAACAAUUGGAUGCUUGUAAAGGAGACUCUAUAAUGAAAGCCAGUGUGUUUGAGGGGGAGAGGAGUUUCCCAUUACAAAAUACUCCAUCUAAAGCAGUAUCUGCAACAAAAUCAUUAGAUGCACCAGGUUUAGAGACGUACUUGUGUGAUAUUAGUCAGUGCAUUGAAAAGAUUUUUGAAGUGGAAAAAAAUAAAGGGACUUCUAAAAUUAUUAGUAGCUCAGGACAAAAAAUGACGCAAAAUACAGUUUCCAAGAACGGAGAAAAUAUUGUUGAUGUUAGCCAGAACUUGAUCAGAAACAAAGAAGACCUGUCAGUUAACAUAUUUGGUGAAAUAGAUUCCUGUUCUACUGCAAAAGAAGAAAAUACACAAGAACAUAUACUCAGUGAAGGUGAAAAUACAGUGGCAAAUGGGAUUAGUGAUGAUAGUGUAGUACCUGUAACCUCUCUAAAUGAUCAGCUGACAGAACUUUUAAAAGAGUUUCCUUAUGGGAUUGAGGGUGCAGAUGUACUGAUGAAAGAGCUCACUAAAAAUGAAGAUCUUGUGAGAGAGCCAUCAAAGAAACAAGUUGAAAAAGGAACUCAUGCUGAUAGCAAAAGCUGUGAUUCUAAGGACCCAAUAAGCCAAAUAAAAAUCACAAUAUUAAAUUCAGAACAAAUGAAAGAACUGUUCCCAGAACAGAGUCACCAGUCGUCUAACAAAGUUAUGGUGGAAAACAUUGAAAAUCAAGAGAUGAAAAUUAGUUCAUCAAAGGGGGAGACUUUAGAAAGCCAUAUCCAGCCAGAUCAGAAUCUAGACAUGGAGAGGGAAAAGAACACACAGGAAACAUCAGCCUCAAAGCAAGAGAAAAAAUUUACAUAUUGUUGUUUAAUGGGUUGGUUAGCUUCAGUUUAUGCAGUGCCAGGGUGCUCAUGCAAAUCUAGAGAGGAUAUUACUUCAGAAAAACAAAAUGGUGGCAAUCAGUCUCCAGAAUCUGAAAACACUGGCUUAAAAGGGAGACAGGAAACAAGUAGUAGAACUGGUCCCAUAACAAAAAAAACCUGUGCAGUAGAAAAUAAUCUGCAGCUUCCUGUCAAAUUACAUGAUACAAGCAAAAAUCUUGCCAUAGUAGACAAAGAUAGAAAACGUGCACCAAACUCCACAAUAAACAAAGAUGUUAAGAAAUCAGUAAAAACACAUGUAGACGUAAUUAGACCUUUUCAUCCUUCAGAGAAAAGAGAACCUGAUAAAUUUAAAAGAAUGAAUGGCCAGCAGAAGGGAGACAUGCACCUGCAUGUAUUGACUCCUUCAGGAAAGGAAGUUGAGACCAACGAAACAGAUCCUCAGAAAUGCACAAGGGAGCAAUUUGCUGCAGGAAAGGUCCAUCGUACAAACAGAGGACAUUUGAUAAUAUCAACUGAAAAAAAGGAAAAAUUCUGUAAAAUGUAUUCUUUUGAAAAAGAUCAAAUAGAAGGCUUAGUCAUUAAAUCUGAGAGACGCGUCCACAAUUCAAAAAUUUCUGAAACUGUUGAGGUCAAAAAAAGUAACGUACAUGAGGAACAUAAUCAUAAAAAACUUUGUGAACAGAGUGCAGAUGAAACUCACAGAGUUAAGAGACUUAAUUACACAUUUAACAAAAAUGUACAAAUUAAAGAGAAGACAAAACUGUCAGCGGAAAUAAAAUAUAAAUCGGAUAAUCAUCAUGGAACUACAAGAAAAUCCCCAAAUGCAAGCACAAAAAAAUAUGAACAUUCUCAGCAUAAAUCUGUAAAAGUCUUACCUUUACAGGAACGUUUAUAUAGACGAAAACGGAAAGAAAAUAUGAUUGGAAAGAGAGACUCAAAAAAACCAAAAUUGGAAAGUGAAAGAAUCAAAUAUGAAACACAGACUUUUGAACAUUCAGGGUAUAAUAAAGAAAGCACUAAUUUGGCAAAUUCUGAGAAAUUUGCAACAUCAAAACAAGAAAAUGUCUGGAAAUAUAAAAACUUCUUAGCAAAUCAUAAUCAUAUUUCCAAACCACAGAAAAAAAAAGGGCGCCCUUCUAAAAAGUCUAAAACCUACUUUUCUGGCAGAGAGAAAGACUUGGAUGUUACAAACAGAGAGAAACCAUCUGAAAAAAAUCCACAGUUGAGUAGAAAAACUAAUAGAUUGAAAAUUUCUCUCCAAAGGGAACAACAAAAAAACUAUCUGAAUAGAGUUGCAUUUAGACGUACUGCCCAAGAAAGCAUUUGUCUGACAAAACUAGACACAUCAUCUGUCAAACCUGUAUGGCAUAUUAAAUCUAAUAACGUUCCAGAGCUCAGCCAGGACUUGAAAACUAAUAGCUCAACAUCAGAAGAGGAUAAACUACACAAACCACACAUGCUCGAAUUUAAAUUGUGUCCAGAGAUAUUGUUCAGAAAUACAGCCACUGAUGGGGAGAGUUUGGAUAUCUCACUCUCAUCUGAAAAAGACAAAACCCUUGUGGCAGGAGUCAAAAGUAAAAAGGAAGAUUGGUUAAAUUAUAUCCCAAUGAAGCAAAGAAAAACUGAAGAAACAGCUCAAGUUGAUGACAAUAUUCCACUUGAUGCAGCAAUACAGAUCCUUGAGGGAAAUGAGGCUCUUCAUGUUCCAGACAAAGACUCAAUGUUUCAGACCUACAGGAAAAUGUAUCUGGCAAAAAGAAGCAAAAGCCUAGAUAGUAGCUGUUCAAAAUAGGACUACUUUAAUCAUAAAACAACUAAAUGCAUUUGUGUAAACCAAAUGUGUGUUGCUGAUCUUCACUAUGCAUUCAUUUUUUGUUACAUAAGCAAGAUCUUAUUUAUGAAAAUGUCAGUGUUAAACAUGUUAUCUGUUAUCAAAUGUAUUUUUUUUUCUUUUUCAAACUACAGGCCUUAAUUGAAGCUUGCAACAUCUCAUGAGCAUUUAAGCCAUCCAGACUGUUUUAUGAAUAGAUCAAUUUUACUUUCUGGUUCUGGAAAAUCUCCUUUCAGAGACUUUCCAUUGCUGGCAAUGGAAAUAAUAUGGCCAGUGCAAUGGGACCAAUGGUAGAUUCCUAAGCAUAAUAUUUUCUAUUUAUGCUGUUGUAAUUAGUUCUGUUUUUAACAAUGUUUUCUUAUUUUGGGGGAAAGGAGCAGUAAGAUGUUACUAUUUUUGUUUUUACUUUGCAUACAGAACUAUGCAACAAAGCAACUGAACUUGAGCAUACUGAUCAAACAUUCCAUGAAGUAUUUAUGCUGCUACUCAGUUUUACUAAACUGAGCUUUAUAAUACUCAUUAGAAAAUAAGAGCUGGUCUACACUACAGCUUAAGUCAUUGUAAUUUAUGUUGCCCUGGGUUGUGCAAAAGUCAUCUUCUGAGUGACUCAAGUUACAUCCACCUAAGCGCUCUCCAUGCUAGUGCUUGUUGUCAGGAGAUGCUCUUCUGGCAACAUAGCUUCCACCUCUUGCUGAGAGGGAGUAAGUAUGCUGAAUGGGGAGAGCACUCUCCUGUCACUAUUUUGUAUCUUCACCAGACAUGCUACAGCAGGACAGCUGCUGUAGCAUCAUGUUCGUGUAGAUUAGCCCAUCAUCAAUAAUUCUUUAUCUUAACAUUUGUACUGCAAAUUGAUGACCAGCUGAUGCUUUUCACCCCCUUAUAGGGUAACUCUCUCCUGCUUUCCUUAUACUUGAAAGAAAAGGGCAGUAGUUGAAUUCUAGGAAGUUUGAAUUCAUGUUGUCUAAGCUACAGUCACUGGUUAAAGUGAAUAAAGUGGAUUUCUAUGUUUCUAAGCUACAUUAGCUAAUGUUUAAACUUACACAGACACUGUGACUUGUAUUAUAUUCACUAAUUGUUGGUGGUUUUGUUCCUUUUGCUCGCAGUGUUCAGAAUUUUGAAUUUAAUCGUAUUUUUUCAGAAAUUUUGGCAUUUGAUUUUUUUUACAUGUUUAAACCUUUAUAAUGAAAAUAUAGUGAGUGUAGAGAAUUAACUUGAACCAUUUUCAUAUGCUAAAUAAAACUUUUAUUUUGAGCAUUA